GUCACGACAGGGAGAUGCCAGUAGUACAGAAACUUGAUUACUGGUUUUUUUCAGUUCCAGUUAACUUCAUCGUAAGUCUAAUCUCGUGUUUAUCUACCUGUUUGUUUAUUUGAUAAUUACCAUCUAAGGAUGUUGGUAUUAUUCGAGGCUGAUUGCUGUUCUGCAAGGACGUCUACUGCUACGCUCUCAUAAUUGGGGAUCGUGGGACCCGUAUUAAGGUGCAGUUACUGUAGUACUCCUCUGCUAAUUAUCGUGAAGUGUUUUCUUUUUUCUAGAAUGGACAUUGAUGUGGGCGUGAUCAUUCACGGUGAUUAUCCACUGUUAAGAUUGAUUACUUGAGUGCAUGAGUGAACUGGCGAAGCUUGCAAGUUGAGAGGAAAUUCCGUAACUGCCGGGAUGCCCUUAUGCUCUGGUCCCAGAUGUUACUCCAGAUUGCGACGGUGCCCUGUUGACACCUUGUGACUUCACCGCGUGACCACUUUUCAAUGUCGAUCGCCGCUAGUUAUUCCCAUGGCUGUCAUCCCACUGCAUAGUAUAGAUACUCUUCACCACCAACUUUAAAGCACCGUGACCACCAUCUCCCAACUGUCUCUCAGGCUCUUCAGUUCCGAAACAUCUCUCUCCAAUGCAGACUACAGUUCUUGCAGCUGACGCCUGUGAGGUUGAUCUUCAAUCAAGUUCUGCUCCUUUACUUCCUGUCAAUUGAAAUCGGCUAGUUCAGUUUACCGCAUUUUCGACGUGGUUCGUGUACUAAGAUCUCUUCUAUCGGCUCCGCGCUUAAAACAUCUCUUUGAGCUGACUGAAGGCACAGAAACUUGUUUCAUCUUAUUUUACGAGCAGCGUUUAGUACAAUUGUGGGAAACUAGUUGGUCAAAAGACGGUGUAUAGGAGUGCGCCUAGUUGGUGGAUUAUCCGUCGUUCAACUUUGAUGGGGCCACGCAGAGCACCUUCACGAUCAUGCAUUGCCAUCGCUCUGUUGUGUUUAAGUAUCUUCGUGGGCGGUGGUCACGCUCAGUCUAGGCCAGGCAGGGGACUUGCCGCGUCGUUCAAUCCGUGGACGAAGAAUGUCAAGUACACCAACGACGGAAGGGGGGUGCAGCUCGUUCUCGAUCCGCUCUCUGCCUCUGGAGCGGCGUCCAAGACUAGUUAUCUGUUCGGAGGAUUCGGGGCGUGGAUCAAGCUGCCUCCUCGUAAUUCCGCUGGGACAGUCACCACCUUUUAUAUGUUAUCGACAGGACCAAAAUAUUGCGAGUUCGACUUCGAAUUUCUAGGGAAUGAAACUGGACAACCGUUCCUUCUGCACACCAAUAUCCACGUGAACGGCGUUGGAGGGCGCGAGCAGCAAAUAUAUCUGGGAUUCGACCCAUCAGAGACCUUCCACUAUUAUAACUUCCAAUGGAACAAGGACGUGCUGGUGUUAUACGUAGACAACACACCCGUCCGCAUGUUUAAGAACCUUGAAGGCAUUGUGCCCAACUUCAAGUAUCCGAAUUCCCAGGCCAUGGGCAUCUACAUGAGUAUCUGGGACGGAAGCACCUGGGCCACCCAAGGCGGCCGCAUCCCUAUCAACUGGUCCGCUGCUCCGUUUGUGGCAACAUAUCAGAACUUUAGGCUGAAUGGAUGCGCUGUGCACAACGUCCUCGAUCAAAACAGCUUGAGACUGUGCCAGGGCAGUAAGUAUGCCUCUCCGGGAGCGUACGCUCAGACCGUGGGGAUGGCGCGCGUGAGGCAGAUGAGGUGGGUGAGGGCGAAUCGGGUGGUAUACAACUACUGCGACGACAGGAAACGAUACCCGAUCGCACCUGCGGAAUGCGCUCACAACACCCUGUAGAAUGUUAGAUUCGCAUCAAGGUGGAUGUUCAUGUGGAAUGCACCUCGUGAGCAAUCGGAGCUGGACGAGAAACGAGGAUGUAAAUAAUCCAUCGCAGGUACCGUGGUGAAGAGCUUGAUUUGGUGAAUCAUGCGUUCGCGGAUCUAUUCCGAGGCAAUAACUGAGCAACGAUCUUCGGUAAAGUAGAGACCGUUGCAGUCACCGUCCAUUACAGCUGCACGGAUUGAAUUUUUACUUGAAAGUGUAGAUAGCUUUGGGGCAACAUUUACAACGAAAGCAUUGUUUAAGUCUAAUAUAACUUGGCACUCAACAGAUCUGAUACAGUUCUGCAACAAAUAAGUGACGAGCAGCGCAAGCUGUUUGAAUUUGGAUUGCAUGGCGAUGUCCCCGAGGCCAUCUUCCUGCAACCUAUGUACUCGUGAUUCCACCUAAUUUUUCCCGCUUGUAGUAGCACAGUGUUGAAUUGGACUCAGAACGAAGAUUUUACAUUCCUUCAUUUUUCAAUUCGAAUUUCAAUGGUUUGAAAAUCCUAUCCUAACAUGACGGUUAAACAUA